AUGGAUCAACAACGGCCCUGGAGCAGGAGUGGCAUCAGUCCUCACUCGCGAUCCAUGUCGGAGCGAAAGGCGAAGCGCUUCAGCCUCACGUUCCCCAUCCAAACAUCCUUGUCGCCCACCUCGACCACUCUCUCGCCAGUCCUGCCAUAUACCCCUCUGCUGCCCGAGAAGCCAACCUUGCCCGCUGGGCCCACCGACUCUGCCUUCCUCACCGCACUGGCCGCUCACGAGCGACGCGUACUGGAACUGAGAGAGGAACUCAUCAAGGCCGAGCAUGAACUCCACCGCCUCAAACAGACAUGGGCUGCUCACGAAGCCCACAAGAAGCGCCAGCAUGAUCCGCGCAGGCUUCACAAGAUGCAAUCCAUGCACCCCGCUGUCGACACGGCCGAUCCUGCACUCAGCUCCCGCCAGCACGAUAUGGAGCGACGAAGAGCUCUGCUGACCAGCAACAAGAAUUCGAACCGCACAGUCUUUUCUGGCUCUCGCCAUGCUCGUGCUUUGUCUUUGUUGUCUCCUGAUGCUAUGCGCCCGCCGCCACCUCGAUUACAACCUCAGCCGCGCCCUGAACAAGACUCAUCGCGUCCCCCACAUCCUGCUCGCGUACCCACCGAUGCCGACCUGACCACUGAAGUGGCACGUACAGCAGACGAUGCUAUUGACCUAGGCUUGCCUCGCGAGGUUCUGCUCAAGACUGGCAAACAAAUGGCUUCUGACUUUCGAGAUGGCUUGUGGACGUUCAUUGAAGAUCUGAGACAGGCUACAGUUGGCGACGAGGGUAUCAAUGGAACAACUUCACGAACCCAGUCUCGCUCUCCGAACCCGUCCAGGUCUCCCGGACCCCAGCCCAGUAGGGCUAGUCUCAAACCGUCGCCUAAUACACAGCCAUUGAAGAGAAGUGCCACAACCGGUAGCCGACGAACUAAUUCCCGCUCGCCAGCUCCGUCUGCUGCUGAGGAAAUCGCAUACCUUGAUAUUGGCAACUCGUUUUGGAAGGAGCACGAUCCCACGCCUGCACCCAUUCUUCGCAAACCCUCCAAGAAGUCUAUUCAUCCUCCUGCCAAGGUCAAUCGUGCAUCGACCAGCUCCCUCGAUGCAUGGGAAAGUUGGGAUCCUACAGUCCCUACCUCUGAUCCCAAACCAUCACGAUCCAAUUCAUCAGUAUCUGAGCCUCACACAUCUUCGAGCCCGGAUGGAACUAGUCCCAGGACCAGUAUGAGUUCGUCUAGAGACACGAAGAGAGAUUCAUUGCCAUGGCCUGCGCUGAACAAAUUGGCCCCAAGCAAUCUCAGACGCACUGCUUCACAUCUCAUGAACGAGUGGGAGAAGAGUCUAAGCCCUUCACCCGCUGAGGGAGAUAGGCAGGGCGAUUACAUGGGCAGAGCCAUCUCUCCUGCGGGGUCUUUCAAGGAGACUAAGAACGAUUGA